ACCGAGGACACUGCGAGGUGGCUAACGCCGGGCAAUCAGUCUAUCUAACUCAAACAGUUCCUUCACAAUCCAUCCAAAACUUUGCCAGUGACCUGACCCAUGGACCACUGCAGCAUCUGCUCAACCCGAGGACUACUUUUGGAUGAAGACCAUGAAUGACAAACUCGUCUUCUUGGGCUUGCUGUACUUUGUCCAAGGCAUUCCUUAUGGCCUCCAGUCAUCUCUGCUUCCUGUUUACCUGCGUGGAGCUGGUCACUCCCUCACCCGCAUUGGUUUCACCAAGAUCCUCUACUUCCCCUGGGUACUCAAGGUGCUCUGGGCCCCUUUGGUGGACAGGCUUGGCACUAAGCGUCGCUGGCUGGUGGGGACAGUGUCUGGGCUCGCUCUGACAUGUCUAUCCAGUGCUGCCCUGGCCCCAGAAGCACAUAUCUGGGGAGUAGCUGGAACGCUGUUGGCUAUGAACACCUUGGCUUCUGUUCAGGAUAUUGCUGUAGAUGGAGCUGCAGUCGGGUUAUUGAAAGGACGUGGAGAACUGGGGCUGGGCAACACUGCCCAAGUUGUAGGUUAUAAGGCUGGAUCAGUGUUUGCUGGAGGGGGGCUCCUAGCUGUGAUUGAUGUUGCUGGAUGGGGUUGGAUGUUCAUGCUGCUGACAUUUGUGUAUGCAGGAGUGGCUCUGUUUGUGUGGGGGGCCCCUGUGCUGGAGGAUGAGAGUAUGAGGGGCCAGCAGGUAGAUGGCAGCAGGAGGGGUGGGCAGGGAGCUGAAGUUUUAAGACCAUGGAAGGUAUGGAGGAAGCUGCUGGCAGUUCCUGGCACACCUUGGACAAUCCUGUAUGUCCUCACAUACAAACUGGGUAAACGUCAGGCUCUCACCCUCACUCCAGUCUUCCUCGACCUCACACCCUCAAGUUUGUCCUUCUGUGAUCCCACUCUUUACAACAACCUAACCUCCUUCUGCACACAUGUGUAA